GAACGAAAGAAACCUGAGAAGGACAUGAUCACCGUCUGAAAACCGGCGUCUGGGAUAUAGUGAGCUGCACGUUUUAUUGUUCGAUAAUCACCGGAAGGGAGGAGUAUGGAGAAUGAUGAACUUCCGCCAACGGAUGGGCUGGAUUGGCGUGGGCCUGUACCUGCUGGCUAGUGUGGCUGCCGUCUAUUAUGUGUUCGAAAUAAACCAGACAUACAAUCACCUGACUCUGGAGCAUGUUGAACAAGCACCCCAGGAGGCCCCACCAGCUGGGGACCCAGCCUCUUCAUCUGACUUGCCUUCAUGGACACACAGUUUGAAGACGCGCCUGCUCUCCUUCCCCUUUUGGGUGUGGGCCACUAUCUUCCUCAUCCCCUAUCUCCAGGUGUUCCUCUUCCUGUAUUCCUGUACCCGUGCAGACCCAAAGACUGUUGGCUAUUGCAUCCUGCCCAUCUGCCUGGCUGUCCUCUGCAACCGUCACCAAACCUUUGCCAAAGCUUCCAAUCAGAUCAGCCAGCUGCAACUUAUUGACACUUAAAGUGGGUGAGGACAGGAGAUGAUUGGAUGCUGGAUGUGGCUGCACCGCUGCUCACUGGCAAACAUAGACCAGAGGAAGAUGAAGGGAGGGGUAAACUCCUGGCUUCGAUCCUGACACACUCCUACACAAUGCUGAAGGCUUGCAGGAGAACAAACAUUUUCAUUCCAGAGUGGUACCGAUAUUUUGUUUGUGAUGAUGGUGAUGGAGAGGUUACUUACACCAACCUAAAGUACGGGCCAAAAUGAUACUGUGUAUUUUAACAGUGCCCAAACUGUGUCAGUAUUGUACACUUGCUGUCAGGUCUAUUCUGUUCCACUGUGUUUCAGAGCUUACUGUUUUUGACAAACUGUGAUGGGAAUUAAGUCAGCCUCUGAAGUGAAAUGAGACAGGUAUCCAGCACCAGAUUUCAGUCUCACUUGUGUAGUGCUGACCAUCUGUCUCUAAUAACACAUUGGACCAGGGGAUACAGUUGUCCUGUGGAAAGCUACACAUAAUCUAUCACUCCCUUUUUUCCUUUAGGGCAUAUGACUUUGGAAUGUAUUGUAACAUGAUUGUGAGCACAGCUAUUUUACGUUUACUCUAUGUACAUCGUUAUUUUCCUGCUGUAGAAAAACCUGAAAUUUUUCCACAUAGGAUGUUUUAUUAGAAGUCACCCCCACACAAUAUUGAUGCCUCAAUAUGCUGUCCCAGCCAGUGGAAAGACUGCAAAACGCAUUGCUUUACGUCUCACAGUUCUUGGUGUUGUGCUUGUUUUUCAAGGGAAUAUCAUGUCAGACUGCAUACCAAGGGCCAUUCUGAGAAAAAGAGACUCAGCAUGGAUAUCCAGUGUAAAUAAAUAAAACAUCUGAAUUGAACUUUUACACUUUUAUCAAUGUUAUCAGAAUAAGAUGCAAGCCCACGAAAUGGUAGAAUAGGAUUAAAAUACGCAGAUAUCACUGUCUGAUUGCUGGUAUUUCAUGGAAGCUGACAUUAAUGUUUUAGCUGGUAACAUCUGUCACUGCAAGUGUUAAGAAGAACUUUUAUAAAUAAGAUCAAGGAUCCACCCAAAUUUCAGAGGCAAUUUAUUUUACAGUUUGUUACAUUACAGUGAUUAUAAUAUACAUUACAAUAAUUAUAUUAAUUAUAUAUUACAGUAAUUAUAUUACAAUAUGCAAUUGAUUAAUGGAAUUCCAAAGGCAUGAGUAUCAUGGGCUGAGCAUUUCAAACACGACACUUAAAAGAAUUCCUUAUAAUCCAAAAUGAAUAAAUCUGGAAUUAUUGUUCAAGAUAUUUCAUUAUCUUCCCCAAUUACACAAUACGUUGAGUCACAGUUGUGGCUUUUGUGAAAUAGUAUUUUUGUCUGUUGUGAAAUACUGUGAUGAAGAGAAGUGAGAUUGUUCCCCUUGUCUGAAUAUUUCAUCUUUCUUUAUGUGGGCUUUGUCUGGGUUAAAAAAAAUCAGUAUUUUUAUAUUUAAUUUAAAUGUACUAAACUUUGAAAUAGGACAGACACAAAACAUGUAUACACAAGGCACGUGUGAGCUGAAAAGUACAUUAAGUGUCAACCAAGACUACUGUGAUAAUGUUUGCUUUGAUCACCUUUUUUCCAGUUUCACGUCAGGUUUGUCCAUAUGAAUUUAAAUGGUAUUAGACAUAUAUGUCGAGUUGUUCUCAAACUGUUAAUAAGCACUGUAUCUCCAUCACUAUUCAACUGUGCUUGGUAGAUUGACAUUAUGCUGUAUGUCCAGCUGUACUUAAUUCUGAUCUGCAUCAUAAAAAGUGUUCAUCAUGGAGAAGGAGAAUGGCUUUUUCCUACAUUGACA